UCUUAUAGACCAUUUUCAGCUUAAAAUCAGUUAAAACCCAAGUUAAGUUAACUUAAUAGCAUAUACAUCAAGUCUUACUUUUAUUGAGCUCAGCACAUCCUGAAUAUAAUAUCAUAAAAAUGUUCCAAAUUAAAGAGAACAGGGAAGAAUGGAUUGCCGUAAGAUCCUUCAAGGCCAAACUAGCAAUGGCUAAACUAAACGCAACAAGGUCAAAUCCUUCACAGGCGUUACCUAAACGUGAUGUAUCCGGCCAUCUGACUGGUGAAUUUGACAUCAGUGGUUUGCCUUUGAAAUUAAAGAAACAUAUUAUCACAGCUGGCAUCAUACAAGGAGAUAUAUUUGAUUAUGGAGAUGGAUUUGCCUGUAUCAGGGAAGGUGAUAUUUCUGAAAGAACUUCAACUACUAGCAAAGUACUCUUACUACAAGUUCAGGCAAACACUCUUGAUUCAUAUGCUAAAGCAAUUAGUGCUGUUGAGACACUUGUUGAUGAAGUUUUGGAGCCCCAAAAGAAAAUUGUUAAGCACACUCUGAACAGACGAUCGUGGGGAGAUGUUAUGAAGAAUGAUUAUGAGAUACAUGAUUUGAUCAGACCAGUGGUCAGUCAUUUGAUAACUAAAGGCAUCAUCAAAGGAGACCUCUACUGUGCUUCUGGUGCUGUAGUAUGUGCUAAGGGUAGUCCUUACUUGGCGGAUGAUUUGCCACCAGAGGCGACGAGCGAGGGGCCCAUCUAUCUGUUGAUUCAGGGACCGAACGAUAGGACUUUGCACCGAGCAGCUUUAGGAAUUCGUAAACUGAUCACGGAAGCUGAAGAAAUCAUAAAUAACGAUGCACCAGAAGUGAUUGCCGUAGUCAAGGCCGCGGAGAAGGAAGAUUUAGUUCCAGUAAAUGUAGUCGACCUCACUCAAGAUAAUCAAUAUCCUCCGUUCUUACCACAGUUAGGAGAGGGAAUCGAUGCUGAUGUGACUCGCUGUUUGGUGAUGCUUCAGUGGUUGUUGGCUCACCCGUUGUUUGUGUCUUUCGUUAUCCGCCCUCCAUCGGGAUGCGAAGCGAAGACAUUCAGCAGGAAAAUGGUUUCGACUGCAUUGUUUUGUCUUCAACUCUAUGAUCAAUACAAAUGCAGACACUCCAAAACCUCAUGCAACGAUUGUCUUCGAUUCUUUAGCGAGGUCCAGUCUGCUGCUUUUGACUGUUGCCAACGAGUUCUGCAAGACGGUUACGAUAUAUCCACUCUAAUUUUAGUCGAUGAUUACAUAAAAAGAUUGUCAAUCGACCCGACACAAAUCGGAGUACUUUACGACUACCCUCUGCCGAUGAAUCUGUUUGAUUUGGACCGAUGUCGGUUGUUCAUCGAUGUUGCGAUUGAUCGCGGACUGAAAACCGAAGAAUCUCACAUCGUAUCGUAUUUAAAAUCAACAAACUUUUUUUAUCCCGUCAAGGCAUAUCAGAAGAUUACAACCGGUUCACAAGUGAAUCCUUGUCCAUCUAAGAAUCGAAAUGCACGGAAAUAUCCGUCGUACUGUUCCCUCGACCAUCACGGAGGUUUGAUCAAUUUUCAUCUCAGUACCAUAAAUAAUGCAUCGCCCCAAAGAUUCUUUUUUCCAGACGCACCAAAAAUACCCAAGUGUGAUUAUUUUCCUCUUUUGCGUAAGCUCACUAUAUUUUCUAAUUUGAGUUCGUUCACUAAGAAAAACAGCAAAAAGGCCCAUUCUGAAACUGUGAAGGGUUCAUCCAUGUUACACGCAGCGUAUGAUUUGGCAGUGCAGUCCUCGCUUCUGACACCUCAGACCGGUACACAUAAUACUUCUGGAAGUAGUCAAAACGUGCAAAGGGACCAAGGAAAUGAAAAAAAUGAAUCCUCAAAACUCCCGGUGUCAUUUUCAACUCUACGAGAACCCAGUGGAGCAUCCAAGAAUACACCUAACCCUAAUCCAACUCCCAAUCCAAGUCGCAUUCUCAGAAAACAAAUAAGGAAAGGUAAACUGGAGAUGCGGCUGGAGGAGAAGAAAGCAGAGGUAAACAAAACUAUGGAGCAACUAAAAGAAAAAUAUGGCACCAAUCAUUUUUGGACUGCAGACCCGUCUAAAUUAAAUGAUGGAAACGCCAAAGAAAUGCUUGCAAACUUGUCAGGUAAUCAGACUGAUUCUCAUCCUCAGAGUGGAAGUUCUCAGCCGCAAACAUUCUCUGGGUUUCUUCGACCUCCGAACAUACAGAACGCUCUUAGUAUGAUGCAAACGUCGAUGCCGAUACAGAAACCGAAUGUGUUUGGAACGCAAACUUCAAUACAGGGAGGUAAUGCUCCACUCAGUCUGAACAGUGGCAAACAACCCGAACAAACGGAUGCUCAAGGCAAUGAGUGGUUGGGAGUUAUAAGCCAACUGCAAGAGUUCAUCCAGGGGACAAACAAAAAUGCUACACAGGGCAACUAUCCAUCUGAAUUUUCAUUGGAUGAAGACAUAUAUGCUGAACCACAAGAAUCUGAAAUAACCUAUCCGCCUCUUACUAUCCCUGAGAAAACUGCCGUUGAUAACGAUUCUCCUCAAGAAGGUGUGUUAUCUUCCAUCAUCGAACAGUUGCAGAAUUUCAUUCAUUCAAACAAUCAAACCAAAGAAAAUCCAGAAAGUGAAAUGUCGCCAAAGGAUGUUUUAAAAAAUCCCUCUGUAUCAGGCCAAAGAACUGUGAAUGAAGAGAACAGAGCUAGUUCUAAACACUUACCAGAACAAUCGCAACAUAAACGUGUGGCUGAUUCAACUACAGAUGCUCCUCAGCAAAAACAGCCUCGUAUUGAAACUACCAACAAUAAUCCGUCAACGACAAGCAGCAAGAUGCCAGAUCUCAAGUUGAAAAAUUCAGAGAAUGCCAUAAAACCCCCUACAAAUCAAGGAGCAUCUCAGACAGGGCGAGUUAUAAAACCCCCUACAACUCAAGGCCCAUCUCAGGCAGGGCGAGUUAUAAAACCCCCUACAAAUCAAGGCACAUCUCAGGCAGGGCGAGUUAUAAAACCCCCUACAAAUCAAGGCACAUCUCAGGCAGGGCGAGUUAUAAAACCCCCUACAAAUCAAGGCACAUCUCAGGAACAAGUUAUAGACCUUACGAAACAGCUUGACAUCGUCCCCGAGGUAUCGAUCCUGGGUGAUAGUAUGCUGCAAAGAGCUCGCUCACAGUUUGGGGGGUCGAGACGAAAAGAUUGCAGAGAAGACCAUUUCACUAUGCAGCAUCUGCUAACUGACGUGAUGAAUUUCUACUCGGAAAGACAAAGACUGAACCACUUUUGUGUGUUGAUGUGUGGUGUCAAUGACAUAUUCACGGAUGUUCCACCUGUAGCGUUUAAUCAAAUGCUGAAAAAACUCAUAAACUUCCUGUUGGCUAAAGGUCAUUAUAUUUUUUUGGUAACUAUUCCUAACGUGAUAUGCAGUGUAGCUGAGAUUAACAAGAAGACUCUCGGCAUGAACGGGUUCCUGUUGUCGUACCAUACAAAAGCUAAACUCUCCAUCAUUCCCUUUCACAAAAAGUUUCUCGAGUACCAGAACAGGAAGAGUCUGUUCCACUCGAUUCGUGAAACAACCUUAAACCGCUUCACUGUGCUUUCUGACAUUGCUUGUACAUUAAUACGAGAAAUGAUUGAGGAAGAAGCGAGGAAAAUAAAGUAGAGUUUGUACCUAAUAGGCAUGAGCGAUUCUAAAUUGUUGCUUUUUAUGUAAGCAUUUUCAUGUCCAUAUCUUCAAGUAUAGUAUUCAGAUUUGCUUUUCUACUUCUAUAUUUUUAGUGUGAUUUUAUUGGACUCAUACAAUUGCGCAAAACUUGAUACUACAUCAAUUAUGAAACUGUGUCAAUAGAAAAAUGUGAGAUUUUAAUGACAAAGGUUUUUACUGGUGAUUAAAAAAAAACUAUUGGAAUUAGUUUAGAUCUUUGUUGAAAUUUUUACCAAAAAAGUACUUUAGUUUUAAACUUAUUUAUAGUGAAUUGUGCCUUAAAUUUUCUCAAUGACUGCAUCUCCACCAACAACAAGAAGUUGCAUUAAGAGUCUCAUAAUUUGUGUAAAUAUUGGCUUUAUAAAUUAGCCAAUUUAUAAAGCCAAUUUUUCUAUGCCAAUUUGUAAAAAUACUACGAUGAUAAGUUUUAGUUUAAUUUAAAAUUUGAUGUACACAUAGUAGCCCAUAAUAAAAUGUUACAAUGGAAGUUGGUUUUAAAAGCAACAUGCACUUGGUUUUAAGCUAAAUAUUAAUUCAAAGUAAAUUUUUGGUUAAAUAGUGUGUGUAAAUUGUCCAAAUAGCACAUGGUUUAUUUUAGUUGUAAUUUUCUAUGUAAAUUAAAAUGUCUUGUGAUUUACGUUUUUGUUAGUAUGUUUGAAUAUAGAACUACUUAUGGGCCA